AUGAUUGUCGGCCAACAAGCACCACCUGUAGCGAAUCCACCGGCGCAACAGCCCCCAGUGUACACAGAUGACCGCCAUGAGAGUCCAAACCUACCUAACGGGUAUUGGGCUCUUCACCGUGUCAUUCUGACGUAUGUCCAUAGCAUGGGGACACCUGAUGGGGGACCGAUGCCGUCCCACAACAAGGCGCGGCGGGUCUUUGAGCUCGUUGCGAAAGAUAGAUUAAAUAGUAAAGAAGGCCUACUUCACAUCUUGCAAGUUAUUGCGGAAAACCCCAAUAACAAUGCCAUUUUACGUGAGGCUGAUUUGAUCUUUGCCGAUAUCCGGAACAAGGGAAUCCGGGAUGCCGACCUUGACGAAUAUUCAUUUUUUGAAUCGUGA